AAAGCACUGGUAUGACUUUAAAAAAAAACAAAAAUAAAAAGAGUCCAAACUACUCAGAAAUAAAUGACUAGUGGAACACAAAUUGCUAUAAAGACGAGCAAAUCUUGAGUCUCAAGCCUUUGAGAAUCUAAUGGCGUUAAUCUCCUCCUCUUCUUCUUCUUCUUCUUCUUCUGUAAUUCGCUCCUCGAUUGCUUCGAAUUCAAUCCCUUCACGCGAGCUCAAAGCUUCAUGGAUCCAAUCAUUGCGGCCCUUGGAUCGAGUUGGCUUUCAAUCAACGACUAUCGAUGGUCACCGCCGGCAAAGAGGCUCAGUAAGACCGGUCAGUGCAGAAACGAAGAGAAGUGAUUCAGCUAUUCCAUCCGCAGGAACCAUGGAUGCUGCUGAAGUUGGAGAUAAGACAGGACCAGAGGAUUUUGAGAAACUGGCAAAAGAGUUGGAAAGUGCUUCCCCACUGGAAAUUAUGGACAAAGCCCUCGAGAAAUUUGGGAAUGACAUUGCCAUUGCUUUCAGUGGAGCUGAGGAUGUGGCCUUGAUUGAGUAUGCACGACUAACUGGUCGGCCAUUUAGGGUGUUCAGCCUGGAUACGGGGAGAUUAAAUCCAGAGACAUACCAGUUCUUUGAUAUUGUUGAGAAGCAUUAUGGCAUUCACAUCGAAUACAUGUUCCCCAAUGCUGUUGAGGUUCAAGCACUUGUAAGGGGCAAAGGGCUUUUCUCAUUCUAUGAUGACGGUCACCAAGAGUGCUGCAGAGUUAGGAAGGUCAGGCCUUUAAGGAGGGAACUUAAGGAACUUAGAGCCUGGAUCACUGGGCAAAGAAAAGAUCAGUCUCCGGGCACAAGAACAGAUGUCCCUGUUGUCCAGGUGGAUCCUGCCUUUGAAGGAAAGGAUGGUGGAAUUGGCAGCUUGGUGAAGUGGAAUCCCGUGGCCAAUGUUGAAGGCCUACACAUUUGGAACUUCCUACGAGCCAUGAAUGUACCGGUCAAUACCUUGCAUUCACGAGGAUACAUCUCGAUUGGAUGUGAGCCUUGCACGAGGCCAGUCCUGCCAGGGCAGCAUGAAAGGGAAGGAAGGUGGUGGUGGGAAGAUGCUAAGGCCAAGGAAUGUGGCCUUCACAAAGGAAACAUCAAACAAGAAGAGUUGUCCCAAGUUAAUGGGAACGGAAAUGGUGCUAUGCAAACGAAUGGAACCGCAACUGUCUCUGACAUCUUUAACAGUCAGAAUUUGAUUGGCUUGAGUAGAACUGGGAUCGAAAACUUGGCUAGACUGAACCGUCGAAGUGAACCUUGGCUUGUUGUGCUUUAUGCACCUUGGUGCAACUUUUGCCAGGCAAUGGAAGAAUCAUACUUGGUGUUGGCAGAAAAGCUGGUGGAUAUUGGAGUGAAGGUGGGGAAGUUUAGGGCUGAUGGCGAUCAGAAGGCAUUUGCAGAGAAAGAACUACAGUUGGGAAGUUUCCCCACAAUACUUUUCUUCCCUAAACACACUUCCAGGCCUAUCAAGUACCCCUCGGAGAAGAGAGACGUUGACUCAUUCAUGGCUUUUGUGAAUGCUUUGCAAUGAUAAGACAUCAGCACGGUUGGUUUGGGGUGUAAAUAGUACACUUAUUUAUUUUUUUGAGCCACAUCACUUCUCUACUUUUCUGCA